AUGGCGGGCGUGAGGGCGGGCAGUAGUGGAGCUGCGCUGUAUGAGAAGAGACUGGAGGAGGUUAACCAGGGCAUCAGGUUUUGUAAAUACCAUCUGAAGAGGGGCGAGGGCUCGGCGGAGGAGGAGGCCCUGCUGCAGGAGAUGAGGAAGGAGAAAGAAGGGGGGGAUGUCCUCGCGGAGAAGAUUCAGAAGGCCCUGCUUGAGGCAAGGAGGAAGAUGGCCGAGUCGUUUGGGGAGGUUGUUUGGUGUGGCGUCUCCGUGCAGUUGAGGGCGGAGAAGGUCAGGGAGGCUGUGCUCAUGGUGGACCAGGAGAAUGAGAUGUUCGGGGAGCGCGCCAGCCUUGAUGCCUAUGAUAAGCUCUUUAUGGUCUAUCAUGAUGCGUUGAAGGUCGUCACGGAUGAGCUAAACGACUUUCGAAAGUCGGGCGCGGCGGAGGACAGGGUCAGGGAGCUGGAGUAUCUCGUGGCCUACGUCAGCUACCAACGCUUGCAGAGGACUGUCGAGAGAAAUUUGCUCUUGGUUGAAUCCUUCCGGAACAAGCGAGCCUCAAAGCCGGACGAUUUCGUCAGGUUGUACGACAACCUCAUCGCGAAUAUGACCGAUGUCCUGGCUCUGCCGGGCGUGGAUGCGGACGCCGCCGUGUCAAACCAGGCCGAGGCGAGGCGCCGCUUGUUCAGGGCCCACCGUUGCUUCCAUCUGGCCCAGUGCUACCAGGCGGCCAAGCUGGAGGGCGAGGCGGCUGCUCUUUUCGACCGCGUCAGCGACCACGCCAAGGCCCUCAAGGGCGCCCACGCAAAGGAGGCUGCCAAGAUCGUCACGGAGAGCACGGGCAUGAAGUGCCGCGCAAAGGCACAGGCGUUUUUGAACGAGCAAGAGCUUGCAAGCGCCGUCGAGGGGUUCGAUAUCAAGGCGAAGGACGCUGCGUUCGUCCAGAAGCUCAAGAUGGUCGACCAUCUGGACGCCUUCGAGUCGUUUGCUAACCCGCGCGAUCCGACCAGGGUCAUUUGUGAAAUGCCCCCGGCGUUGGAGGCCGUGCCAUGCAAACCCGUCAUGUUCGAUCUUGCCAUUGAUGGCGUGCGGUUUCCGGGCGAGGAGGAGAGAGUUGAAGCAAAGCCAGUCGAGGAGAAGGACAAGGCAGAAACCGCUCCAGCCCCAGCUACUGCGUUUCAGCCUUUGGCUUCUACCCGGCUUGGGAGAUGGUGGAGUGGCCAGGGGUAGAGUUGGCAGAGGAGUAUUGACUAGCGCGCGUUUUGCCGCCACUAAACAUAUCGAAAUUAACUGUCAAAAUACAGUUGGUUGGUCAGAAGGCCAAGAGUGCUGAGGCUCUACUUUUGAAGACCUUCAUUGCGGGUGAGUGUAGCCGUGGCGGUCAUCGUGGAACUGGGAAGCGUUUUGCUCUUCAGCCCAUCAUGGUCGGAGUCAUGCAGAAGCGACAGACGCAAAGGCUACAGAGCUGCAUAUGGGCCAUACGCAAUGUACCGUCGCGAUGAACAAAGUGGGAACACGUUAGAGGGGUAAACGGAACAGAAGCAAUGGGUGUUUGGUAUAAUAAUAAAAAUCCAACGGCAUUGAUGUUGAGGCAACUCAGGCAGCCAUCUUUUUAGACAAUUAGCAUUGUUC